AUGCAGAAAGGUCAAAGCCUUGCAAUGGGGGCAAAAGAACUCAAAUGGCACGACAUCUUCGUGGUUCUUUUUGGAACCAUUUUAAGCUUUGCCGAUCCCAUCACCGAUAUCCUUACACUGGUGGAAUUCUAUCGCGCAGAUCACAAGACUUGGUUCGGAGUGGGGCUAAGUUUCAUUAUUUUACCGUGUUUGUUUUUUGCAGUACUUUACGGUGUGUCAUCAAAAGAGUCUGGAUUGGCAGAAGCCAGUCGCGUUAGGAGAUUCACGCAAGUUUUCCUUUUCGGUUUUAAUCCAUUUUCUCCAGCCUUGGUGAAGCUGCAAACGCUCAUUUUCUACCUAAAAAAUUUUAGAAAACUCUGGUCGGGCGAAAAAAUCGUACCGUCUGAUAUUGGAACGGCUGCCGAUGAAGAGGCGCAUACUCUUCUCGUUUACAGCAAUUUAGCUCUUAUGUAUGAAGCCACUCUUGAAUCAGCUCCUCAAUUUGUAAUUCAGCUGUACGCCAUGGCUGUUCAACAAGAAUCCGUAAAGAUCGUUCAAAUGGUUUCUCUACCUGUGUCCUUCCUCAGCUUAGCUUGGGCGUCGACAAUAGCUGAUGAGGUCUUUCACUGCGAGGGAGCCUACACCACUAUAAAGGACGCACCGAGUGUGAAAAAUAAACUUCUGCUCUUUCUAACGCAUUCAUUUGUUUUGAGCAGUAGACUUUUUUCCAUCGCUCUUUUCACCGUAAGCUACAAGUAG